GACCUACUCUGAGUUUGUUGUCUAUAAGGCUGAAGGCAGCUCUCCGACAGAAGGAAGUGUUAGAAAUGGCAUGUCCUUUUCUAAGAGAGCCCGUGGACGUAGAGGCUGCGAUCCUCAGAAGGAAUCUCCGUGAGGAACGAUUAUUAAGACCCCGUUUGGAUAUACUUUCUUUUCCUGAUCAUUUUCUUCACGAGCGCUAUCGUUUUUCAGCGCAAUCUAUCAUUUAUUUAGACAAACUUCUCAGCCCCCAUGUUAAGUGUCAAACGCACCGGGGGCAUGCUUUAAGUUCAAUUCAAAUUAUUUGUGUCGCACUCCGUUUUUUGGCAAACGGCAGCUUUCUUUACAACGUCGGUGACGCCGAGCACAUUUCAAAGGCAACCGUGUGUCGGUCUGUCAGAAAUGUGACUUUGGCACUUAAACGUUUUCUUUACACGUUUGUUAUGUUUCCAAGUCACCGACCUAUAAGAACAAUCAAGGAAGAGUUCUACAGAAUUGCAGAUUUUCCGGGUGUCAUCGGGUGCAUCGAUGGAACUCAUAUUCCUAUUAAAGCUCCUUCAGUGCAUGAAGGAGACUAUGUUAAUAGGAAGUCCUUCCACAGCAUCAAUGUGCAGGUUGUAUGUGAUGCCAGAAACAUCAUCACCCAAGUGGAGGCAAAGUGGCCGGGGUCUGUGCAUGACGCACGCAUAUUUCGGGAGUCUAAUUUGAGCACUCGCUUUGCCAUUGGAGAGUUCGACGGUCAUGUUUUAGGUGACAGAGGGUACCCCUGCCAGCCUUGCCUUCUGACCCCGUAUGCCGAUCCCGUGCCAGGACCACAGCAGCGCUACAACCUGGCGCAUAUGAGGACGAGAGCCAGGGUUGAAAACACUUUCGGGAUCCUGAAGGCAAGAUUCCAGUGCCUCAAAAUGCUGCGAGUCACACCAGAAAGGGCAUGUGAUAUAAUAAUUGCAUGUGUGGUUCUUCACAACAUCGCGAUUUGGAGAGGGGAAAAUUGCCCACCUGCAGUUGCAGAUGAGCAGCCCAUAAACCCAAACCAUGCCAUGGAUCCACAGGACGGAAGGGUGGUUAGAGAUAGACUCUGCCAAAAUCAUUUUGUUUGAGUUUUCUAUGUAGGCCUAGUUAAAUGUAUUUUAUUAUUUCCGAAAUGUUUUCUUUGGCAUUCUUUCGCCUUCCUGUAUAAUAAUAAAUUUAAUUUAGAGGCGCCUUUCAAGACACCCAAGGUCAAGUUUGUAUGAUAGUAAACUCGUGUGACAGUCCCAGCCUCUGGUAGGGGGUGACACUGUUCAACAAAAUAACUUGUCCCACCACAGCCCGUGUUCUAAUAAAGACAUUCUACUUUU